GGUUGUUCAAAACUGAGCAAUAUUGCUAUGGUUUUCAUGUAAUUCAAGCUAGAAAAGUUAGAAUGGCCAAAAUAUAGAGAAACUGUCCAGUUAUAGUGUGAAGCAGCCUAGGUAGUGAAAAGGCAAGUAGAAGAUACUGAUAGAUCAGAUGUGAUCUCUUGCAGUUCUGGCUUAUAUCCCCAAAUAAUUGUCUUUAACUACAGAGCUGCAUGGGGCAGAGCUGAAGCUUUGUAGCUUUCAGUGCAACCCAUUUUUGUAUCUGUAUUUAUAGCCUGGUUUGAGCAAUAUUUAAAAAUGUUCAUGCCCUUGGGUGAAGUUCAGCAGCAGGAUGCCUUCUGCACUCCUGUUUUGCAAUAAAUUAAUAUAAGUACAUGGGAUGUUUGGGAAUUGUUUAUGUACACUGUGGUUCCCUUCCUGCAGGUUGGUGAAGACGGCCUUCAGAUCUGUGUUGAGAUAUGUGGAUGUGCCCUACAGCUGGACCUCCGUGAAGACCCCAGCAUGAAAAGUCUUAUUUAUAAAGCAAUCGCUCAUUUUCUGCCAAAUGACUUGGAGAUCCUCAGAAUUUGUGCUCUCUCCAUCUUUUUCCUGGAGCGCACCUUGGAAUCUUACUACACUGUUGAGCACUUGUACAAAUGUGCAGAUGAAGAAUACAAUGAGUGCACUAGUUCUGUUCAGAACCGCGUGCGGUUCGAGCUGCUGCCCAUCUUGAAGAAAGGAUUGUUUUUUGAUCCUGAGUUCUGGAAUUUCUUGAUGAUCAAGCAGAAUUGUUUAGCCUUGUUGGGGGAUAAAGCCUUGGAUGGCUUGAGUGAAAGUACACUGGAAAACUCUCCUGCAAACACAGAGAAAACAGCGGAGUACAGGGCUCUGGGUGAGGAACGUGGCUGUUUAACAGAUGUCAGCAAUGGGGAGCUUGACCCUGGAAACUGCUCUGGAGCCCGCUCCAAAGGGAAUGCCAGAAAGAACCACCAAGCUCUUGAGGCAUCCAAAACAUUGGAUCAGGCUGAACCAAGGCACCGCUGUGUGAUCUGCAACAAGGAGUUCCUUGGGGAUCACAUAGUGAAACACGCACAAGCUCACCAAAAAAAGGGCAGCUUCUCCUGCGUGCUUUGCACCAGGAAGUUCAGGCAGAAAGGACUCAUGCUGAAGCACUUAAGGAAUCAUGUCAGGAAGAUAGAAAGGCAACAUCUUGCUGCAGCUCUUGAGGCUGGUCAGGAGGCUCCUGUUCUUCAUGAAGUGCAAUGUUCUGGUGUUUCUGUGUCUCUUGAAAAUGGGAAUUCUGAGGGUUCCAAAGAUGCUGAACCAGAGGCUACAGUAGCUGUGGUAGCUCCGAGUUCUGAUCAGGUCCAAGAGGAGGCUGAGAAUGCGGAACAGGUUUUUGAGGCAGUGGAAAACCAUCUAAGUGAGCAGGAUGAUGCUACUGAAAACAGUAGUGACAGCUGCUUUAAUAAUGUUCCUGAUGCAUUAAGUACAGAGAGUUUGCCUGAGGAUGAUGAGAGCUCCAGUAAAGAGUCACCCAUUCUGCAUAAAGUGAAUGGAGUGUUUUGCCCUCAAAAAGAUAUUGAUGCUUUGGAUGAGGAAGGGAUCUUUAAGUGCCCUGCUAAUGGUUGUGCUAGAGUAUUUAAAAAAAUAAGAUUCCUCAACAAACAUGCCAGAAAAACUCACCCAACUGAUCUGAAGGUGCAGCAGCAUAUAAUGAAAUGGAAUAAAGGAAAAUGCCGCUUCUGCCAGAGGAAAUUCGCUGAUUCCCAACAUUUUAUAGACCACCUGAAGAGACAUGUGUAUCCAAAUGUUUACUUUUGUUUACACUUUAAUUGUAAUCAGAGAUUUAAGCUGUCGACUGAGCUUGCAGAACAUACAAAAAGUCACAGUGUGUUUAAGGCUCAGUGCAAUUUCUCAAACUGCUGUGAGCUAUUUGAGGAGCUCCCUUUGCUGUAUGAACACGAGGCUCAGCAUUAUCUAAAUAAAACCCCAGAAUGUUCAGAAGAUGCAAGUGAAAAAGAUUCUUCAGAUGAUCCUUCAGAACUUUGUAGUAACCAAGAUGAGGAUGAAUCCGUUAAUGAAAAAGAAACUGUAGAUUUACCAAUUCCAACCUGGAAGUCAAGGAAGGAUUCUGCAGAACCAAAGACAUACAUUCAAAGUGUGGAGAAGAAAGCAAAUAAUGUAAUUCACAAUGGAAAUGAAAGCUCAUCUGAGGGUAGUGCUCCAGUUUUAAGUUUGAUAGACCAAAAGACACCUGUGUUACAGCCAAAUCCUGAAAACUGUCAUGUUGUUAGUGACCAACUGGUCAAUGGGCACAGUGACCCAGAUCAGACAUCAUCCAAGGCAGCCCAGGUACCUUUGGACAGAGUAGCAGAUGAAACAAGGACAGAAAAUGGGUCAGUGUUACCAGUUUUACAGAAUUGUCACGAUGCACCACAAAAUAAUGCUCCUGCAGCCUCACAAGUACCUUCUAAACCAAAUCAGACAACAGAGACUACUUCAUAUGGUGUCAUCUUAACAAAACCCUACGUCAGACCAUUGCCUCCCAGUUACCUUGAUGAACGUUACAUUAGCAUGCCAAAACGGAGAAAAAUUUUGGCUGAUGAGGUAGAUGCU